GCAGCUAUGGCGGCCGUCCGCGGACUGCGAGUGUCGGUGAAGGCGGAGGCUCCGGCGGAGCCGGCCCUGGGUCUCCCGUCGCCCGAAGUGGAGUCUGGCGUGGAGCGCGGCGAGCCGGAGCCCAUGGAGGUGGAGGAGGGCGAGCUGGAGAUCGUGCCGGUGCGGCGCUCGCUGAAGGAACUGAUCCCGGACACAAGCAGAAGAUAUGAAAAUAAGGCUGGCAGCUUCAUCACUGGGAUCGAUGUCACUUCGAAGGAAGCGAUUGAAAAGAAAGAACAGCGAGCCAAACGCUUCCAUUUUCGAUCUGAAGUAAAUCUUGCCCAGAGAAAUGUAGCCUUGGAUCGAGACAUGAUGAAGAAAGCAAUCCCCAAAGUGAGACUGGAGACAAUCUACAUUUGCGGAGUAGAUGAGAUGAGUACCCAAGAUAUCUUUUCCUAUUUUAAAGAAUAUCCCCCGGCUCACAUUGAAUGGUUGGAUGAUACCUCCUGUAACGUGGUCUGGCUUGAUGAAAUGACAGCUACACGAGCCCUUAUCAAUAUGAGCUCUCUACCAGUCCAGGAUAAGAUAAGAAGUAGGGACACCAAUGAAGACAAGUUGUCUGAGAAAAGCAAAAAAGACAAGCAGGAAAACAGUUCAGAUGAUGAGGCUGAAGAAGGAGAAGUUGAAGAUGAGAACUCAAGUGAUCUAGAGUUGGACACAUUGUCUCAGGUGGAAGAAGAGUCUCUGUUAAGAAAUGAUCUUCGUCCAGCUAACAAACUUGCUAAAGGAAAUAGGUUAUUCAUGAGAUUUGCUACAAAAGAUGACAAAAAAGAACUUGGAGCAGCCAGAAGAAGUCAAUAUUACAUGAAAUAUGGGAAUCCAAAUUAUGGAGGCAUGAAAGGAAUUCUUAGCAAUUCGUGGAAGCGAAGAUAUCAUUCCCGUCGCAUUCAGCGGGAUGUGAUCAAGAAGAGAGCCCUGAUUGGGGAUGAUGUUGGCUUGACGUCCUAUAAACACCGACAUUCCGGUAGUUGCCUGCUCAGCUCUUGGGAAAGAUUAGUGAAUGUUCCUGAGGAACCCAUUGAGGAGGAGGAAGAAGAGGAGGAAGACCAGGACAUGGAUGCAGAUGACAGGGUGGUGGUAGAGUAUCAUGAGGAGCUCCCUGCUUUCAAGCAGAUCCGUGAGAGGAGCACAUCCAGGCGAUCCAGUGCCAGCAGCUCAGACUCUGAUGAAAUGGACUAUGAUUUAGAACUAAAAAUGAUUUCCACUCCCUCACCAAAGAAAAGCAUGAAAAUGACCAUGUAUGCUGAUGAAGUGGAGUCUCAGUUGAAAAGUAUUAGAAACUCCAUGAGGGCAGAUAGCAUAUCCACAAGCAAUAUCAAAAACCGAAUUGGUAACAAAUUGCCACCUGAGAAAUUUGCAGAUGUCCGACACCUCUUAGAUGAAAAACGUCAGCACUCACGUCCACGGCCAGCUGUCAGCAGUGCUAAAUCAGAUAUUCGUCAGCGGUUAGGAAAAAGACCAUAUUCUCCAGAGAAGGCUUUUAGUAGUAACCCAGUGGUUCGGAGAGAGCCCUCUUCAGAUGUACAUAGUAGGCUAGGUGUUCCCAAGCAAGAUGUUAAAGGCCUCUACUCUGAUACUCGAGAAAAGAAAUCAGGUGGCUUGUGGACUCGCUUAGGAUCUACAUCCAAGACCAAAGAAAAGAACAUGAAGAAAGUGGACCACAGGACACCUGGCACUGAGGAAGAUGACUCGGAGCUCCAGAGGGCAUGGGGGGCUCUGAUUAAGGAGAAAGAACAGUCUCGCCAAAAGAAGAGCCGGUUAGAUAGUCUACCAUCAUUGCAGAUUGAAGUUAGCCGUGAAAGUAGCUCUGGUUCAGAGGCUGAAUCCUGAUGCUUCUGGCCUGUGGUAGUUGCCCUUAAAGCCUGACAUUCUUGCACAGAGUGGGCGCAUAGCAUAGUAGGAGUCUCCCUUGAGGAACUUGGUGCCCCUCCCUUCUCAGACAGUCACCCUCAGCCCUUGCUGCUCCAGUAAGACAUCUUAAGAUGUGAUGAGUUUUGAAGGGCAUCUUUCUCUUUGCUGCAGAAUUAUAGUUCUGGGCCCUCAAUUAUUCUCCCACCACCCCAUAAGCUUUACCCUAUGAGAAAAGGCAGCCCUCUGGAUUUUUGUAGACCUUUUUUCUUAAUAUUUUUAACAUUUGUCUUUUAAAAGAAAUGUUUUACACAGUUCAUCCAAAGAGCAGAGAACUGAACUCACUAUUGCCUUGGCCCUAACAGCUGUUACCAGCACCCCUUUUCCAAGAAAAGUUCAUUCCCAGGUGCUUACUGGACAGCCUUUGAGGGGAACAUGAGGGAAGCUGCCAGUCUUUUUUCCAGGACCUUGGUGUGGGGGCUGAAUCUUAUGGACCUGACCUGAGGGGCACCUGCCACCAGGUGGAUCAGAGACGCAGCAACAAUUGCACUUCUGGUCUUCCCUUGGGGAUUUUGUUAGAGCCUUUUAUGGCUCUCAGCUUGAUGGGAAGAUCAAGUUCAGUGCUGUGGGAUUUUUAGGAACAAACAACUGUGACUUCUGGAUUUGGAGUUGAUUUAUGUGCUUAGGGGUUGGGUCAUAGGUCACUGUUGAACAAUUUUUAAGUCUAUUAUGUUUAAAAAUAUUAAUGACUUUAAAGUUUUAAUUUUUAUAUGUGGAAAUUCUUCCUGUUGGCUACAGGGGGAGCUCAAGUGGUGUCUUCUUUUGUGCUGUUAAAUAUAUAUUAUAUACUUUGGAAGAAG